UACCGCCAAUCCUAAAUGUAACUACCCGGAGAAGAUAGACGAUGUCAGGUUCGUUCAUGUUGUGUAGAAGACUAGCGGGUUCAAGUAAAAUACUGCACAAAUGUAUGCAGCAUGGGUGGAAUGCGAAGCCAUUGCCAUCUCUCGCACAUCCAUUAUGUGGGAGGACAAUGUCGACAGCGUUUUCUGGCUCGUUACUUGACCUGAAUUUUCAAGACGAAGGAAUGGCUGUGGUUACUAUGAAAAGUGGGCAGAACACUCUACAACCUAAAGCGAUGGAAGAAUGGCACCAAGCUCUGGAUGCAGUCGAACAAAACUCUGAAUGCCGUGCAUUAGUGACAACAGGUAAUGAGAAGUUCUUCUCUAAUGGCCUUGAUCUUGAUCAUAUGAAGACCUUCACAGACCAAGAGCGUCAACUGGCGGAGUACCUUGAUGAACUUAACAAACUCUGUGUACGUCUCCUGCUGUUUCCUCUUCCCACAGUAGCAGCGAUCAGUGGCCAUGCUUUUGCCGGUGGUGCUGUCGUGGCGUUUGCCCACGACCUGCGUGUCAUGCGACGGGACAAGGGAUGGAUGUGUCUGAACGAGAUUCUCAUAAACUUCAGCUUCCCUCCUGUCCUGUUGGCCAUGAUCAGAGCCAAGGUCCCACCAGGCCCCAUUCAGACCCAGGCUGUGCUUCAGGCCAAGCGGUACACGGCCGACGAAGCUGUAAAGUGUGGGAUAGUGGACCAAGUGGCUGACCAAUCACAGCUGGUCAACACAGCUGUACAGAUGGCCAACGAGUUUCUCGGGAAACAUGGACUAAAGCGAGAGACUUUGCAUAGCUUCAAGAAGGACUUGUACAGCCCUGUACUCCAAACCUACAGUGGUCCACUGCCUUGAGUGUGCUGAUUUCUGUUUGGGAAAUGACUGAAAGAUUGACGCAUAGAUCCACUGAGAUUGGGUUAUGCCAAUGGAAAGGGAAAAUAUAUUUGUUUUUUUCCCUACCGUUGCAUAUAAACAGACAGAUUAAAUAGAUGAAAAAUAAACAAAUGGUUUGUG